UUCCAAUGUGUUGUACAUAUAUGUUGAUAUACAGGGCUUCUCUUCGUCUCGAUCACCUCCCUUGCUUAAAUUUUAGCUUCUCCAAUUUUUUUAUUUUUUCUAAAUUAUUUGACCCCAUAUUGACAUGGAACAGUCAAUUUGUAACAAGUGGCAAAGUCGGGAAUCUCGAGGUAGAGUUUGGUUUUCACCCUGAAAACGCGGAAGGUUUGAUGGAGUUCCUUUAUUUCAUGUGUGACAAAUCCCCAUACAUAGCCCACAUGUUCACUCUGAUCUUAUGCUAUUAUAUUUCCGAAGGCGGUCCCGAAUUGAAAAGACUCCUUCAUCUACCAAAUUCAAUGUCACAAAAGAAUAUAAUAAAAAUAAACAUCAAAAUGCAUCUUAAAAUUUUAUCAUCUACAAUUCUCUAUUUUUUAUUUUUACCAAUAAAAUAGAUGUCAGUAAAGGAGUGGGAAGUCAACUAUCUGAAGUUAAAACAAGUCCUGCUCUUCCGUAUUCAUAAUAAAUACGAAUUUUAUUUAUAUGGUAACAGAUGAUGUGAAUUACAAAUACAAAGCGUUCGUCACACGGAACUUCUCACACAAAAGCAGAGGCCACUCCACUCACUUCAUAAUUCAUUUCUCCUCCUCCUCCUCCUCCUCCUCCUGCUUUCUCCCUCUCUUAGCUUCCUUCUCCCACCAUGACUUCAAAAGACUGCGGCAACCAUAGGCACAAGCAUCAUAAGCUGAGGCGAUGCUUCGCCGGAUUGCUUAUCUUCUUCUUCAUCGUCCUCCUCGUCGUACUCCUGGUGUGGGCAAUCCUCCAGCCCAAGGACCCACGCUUCGUCCUCCAAGACGCCACCAUCUACGCCCUCAACGUCUCCACCCCGAAUAUCCUCACCGUCAACAUCCAAGUCACCAUCACCACCCGCAACCCCAACGACAAGAUCGGCAUCUACUAUGAGAAACUCGACACCUACGCCACCUACCGCGGCCAGCAGAUUACCCUCGCGUACCUCAUCCCCCCCACCUACCAGGGCCACAAGGAGAUCAUCACCUGGUCACCUUUUCUCUCCGGCACGGCCGUACCCGUGGCUCCCUACAACGCCAUUGCACUGAAUCAGGACCAGUCGUAUGGCGCCCUCACCUUGAUCAUCAAGAUUGAUGGACGGGUGAAAUGGAAAGUUGGUUCCUUCACAUCAGGCCGUUAUCAUCUUAACGUCAAGUGUGUGGCGCCUAUUACUUUCGGUGCCAGGAGCAGCGGUGUUGUUAUCGGUAACGCCGUUAAGUACCAGAUGGCUUCCACUUGCAGCGUCAGCGUUUGAGCUUCUUCACGCCGUUAGUAUUAUUUCUCUCCCUUUGUCCUCUUCUUUUAAUUCUGUUUCUCUCCCUUGAGUCUCUAGUCAUACGUCUUUUGAAUUGUACAUUUUGCUAAGAAUAAAAGCGGAAAAAAAUUGGAAAGCAAAAUUGCAAUGUUAUGAAAAUUGUAUAACCGUGCUAUUAUAAGAUUAUGAUUUGUGCAAUAAUUAUUUCCAAGGGGUGGAGGGUGUGCUGUCCCUUUCUAUCA